GUGCACCUUAAACCUAACGCCGACGCUGGAAUCAGAAUCAGUCUUCAUCGUCAGUCUUCGCUCUUCACUUGUUCGUUUGUCAUAUAAAGCAGAGCCCUUAACUCGAAGAAACUAAAUCAAAGCAAAGGCCAUGGCAGCGAAGUGCGAAGGGAGUUCCGUUGCUUCUGAUUUGAUCGACUUCUUGAACGCUAGUCCCACUGCUUUUCACGCUGUUGAUGAGGCGAAGAGACGUUUAUGCCAGGCAGGGUACGAACAGGUUUCGGAGAGAGAGGAUUGGAAAUUGGAAGUCGGCAAGAGAUAUUUCUUCACUCGGAAUCACUCUACUAUUGUUGCAUUCGCAAUUGGUAAAAAAUUUGUCGCUGGAAAUGGAUUCCAUAUAGUUGGUGCUCAUACUGAUAGUCCUAGCCUAAAUUUGAAGCCUGUCUCCAAGGUAACCAAAGGCGGGUUUUUGGAGGUUGGUGUUCAAACAUAUGGAGGUGGUUUGUGGCAUACAUGGUUUGAUCGUGACUUGACAGUUGCUGGUCGAGUGAUAAUCAAGGAAGAAAAAGAUGGUUCUGUAGCCUACUCUCAUCGACUAGUUAGAAUUAAAGAGCCCAUAAUGCGAAUCCCUACACUUGCAAUUCACUUAGACAGAAAUGUUAACAAUGACGGAUUCAAGGUGAACACACAAAGUCAUCUUGUUCCCGUUUUGGCGACAUCGAUCAAGGCGGAACUCAAUAAAGUAGUUGCUGAAAAUGGUCCCGUUGAAGGUGGAGAUGGAAAGAAGUCUGAAGAAAGUACCGCAGCUAACUCAAAGCAUCAUCCACUUCUGCUACAGAUAAUUGCAGAUCAGAUGGGUUGCCAAAUAGAUGAUAUAUGUGAUUUUGAGUUGCAAGUAUGUGAUACUCAACCAAGUACCUUAGGUGGAGCUACAAAAGAAUUUGUUUUUUCUGGAAGGCUUGAUAACCUUUGCAUGUCAUUUUGCUCUCUGAAGGCACUGAUAGACAGUACAUCUUCUGAGAGCAAUCUGGAGGAUGAAAGUGGGGUGAGAAUGGUGGCCUUGUUUGAUCACGAGGAGGUUGGAUCCAAUUCAGCACAAGGUGCUGGAUCGCCUGUCCUGUUAGAUGCUCUAUCAAGAAUCACAAAUUCCUUCAACUCAGAUUCUAAGGUGCUUCAAAAAGCAAUCCAGAGGAGUUUCGUUGUAUCAGCUGACAUGGCACAUGCCCUGCACCCAAAUUAUACGGAUAGGCAUGAAGAAAAUCAUCAGCCCAAGUUGCAUGGAGGACUGGUCAUCAAACACAAUGCAAAUCAGCGCUACGCAACCAAUGCAGUCACCUCCUUCAUUUUUAGAGAAAUAGCUGUGAAGCAUAACCUUCCUGUUCAGGACUUUGUAGUCCGCAACGACUCGGCUUGUGGUUCAACCAUUGGUCCAAUCCUAGCCAGUGGUGUGGGGAUUCGUACCGUCGACGUCGGUGCCCCGCAAUUGUCAAUGCACAGUAUUCGUGAAAUGUGUGCUGUUGAUGACGUGAAACAUUCAUAUGAGCAUUUCAAGGCCUUCUUUGAGGAGUUCUCACAUCUUGAUGCUGUGAUAACAGUGGAUAUAUAAUCUCUCUGCUUCUGGAAGGUCCAAUGCUCAACAAUCUAUACAUACAGUUGUUGCCGUAGCUUUGAUUCCAGACAUGACUGAAGUGCAAAAGCCUCAAAACAUGUUACGUUUAAAUAAAUUUCACUCGCGAGGUUAAUUGCUCGUGUUGUCUCUAGUUUAAUUUGUCUCUUCGAAUUGAAAAUCUGUUUGUGGGUAUUAAUUUAUGUUUGAUUUAGCUUGGA